AAAAUGCCCAGGAUUGGUCUCCGUGGUCUUUACGGUGGCAUGAACUAUUCCAAAACAAAGAGCCAAGCGGUGAUAUCUCCAGUCGUCGACGACAUGGAUACAUACGAAGAUGGAGAUCUGUCCAUGGGCGAGGAAGGCAACGGAUUCGGCCCUCGAUCCAGUGCGUCACUACGUCGACACUCGAACAAUGCGAUGGACUCAGCGAUCAAUAUGCGCGGCGCUGCCGUGGCGUUGAAGAUUAACGAUGUUCCGGAAGACGCAGAGUACCCAUUGCAACGCAAAAGUGCUAACUCUAUUGACGUUGGGAUGCUCAGCCGACUUGGCGUCGGACAGUUCUUCGGAGAUAGAAGCUCGAACCAGGAGCAAGACACUUUUGGUGGACCCCCCAUAGGUCAGAAGUACACGGUUCUGGGUCAGAAGCAGCAGUGGAGAAAGAAUCGCGCCGGUCGCUCACGACACAUCCAGACGAUUUCGCCUGUCGACGAUGACUGUCGAGCGGUGCGUGCUGAGGGCGACACGUACAGCUCCGGACGUGGCAGUGCGAUCCCAAGUUCGUCUUCGUCGUACUCUGAAGGCCGUUCCUCGCAUGCACCAUCAUCAUACGAGUCUUUCAGAGAGGGAACAUCGUCCUUACAGUCGGGCAGCUCAGAACGAGACAGCGACUACUCCCACGGUCGGUCUCAAUGCGAAGGCUCCAGCAGCGGCGACGACAACCAACGAUUCGUAGUGACCAAGCAGAAGAAAUCAGUAUACAGCGCCAAGCUCCAUCUGAGCGGCCAGAAACCACUCUAUCUCGGAAGAUACAGGAAUGAAGAGGCCGCAUUAGCUGCUUGCGAGAGCGCUUAUAGCGUCAUCUCUACACCUCGCAAGUGAGCACGAACGGGCUACGUGUACAUUCACAAAGCAUGCUAUCAGGACCUGAUUCAGGCGGAGUGUAAGAGCAGAGGAACACAG